CUGCGCUUGAGUUGGCAGUCAAGGGAAGGCGCAGAGCGCAUAUCUAGGAGGAGGAGAAGAAGCAGCAGCAGCAGGAGACAGACGAUCUUAGGGGGUCCUACACAUCUGUCCCCGCAGCCUCCCUCUGUCACUGGGUAAAAGGUGUAUAAGAAGCUUGUUUAGACCGACGAUCCCAGGCUGAGCCAGACACACGGCAAAGCCUUCGACCAUGGGCAACCGAGGGAUGGAGGAACUGAUUCCUCUGGUCAACCGGCUCCAAGAUGCCUUUUCAUCCAUAGGACAGAAUUCCAACCUGGAUCUGCCCCAGAUCGCUGUGGUUGGGGGUCAGAGCGCUGGGAAGAGCUCGGUUCUGGAGAAUUUCGUUGGCAAAGAUUUUCUCCCCCGUGGGUCUGGCAUUGUGACCCGAAGACCUCUUGUCUUGCAGCUGGUAAACAGCUCAACAGAAUAUGGCGAGUUCCUGCACUGUAAGGGAAAGAAAUUCACAGACUUUGAUGAGAUACGCCAGGAGAUUGAGGCUGAAACUGAUCGAAUCACUGGAACAAAUAAGGGUAUCUCCUCUGUGCCAAUUAACCUGCGGGUCUAUUCACCACACGUGCUUAACCUGACUUUGGUAGACCUCCCAGGAAUGACAAAGGUCCCAGUGGGUGACCAGCCAGCAGACAUUGAAGCCCAGAUUCGUGAUAUGCUCAUGCAGUUUGUCACUAAGGAGAACUGUCUUGUUCUGGCUGUAUCACCAGCAAAUUCUGACUUGGCAAACUCGGAUGCCUUGAAAAUAGCCAAAGAAGUGGAUCCCAAGGGUCUACGCACAAUUGGUGUCAUCACCAAAUUAGACUUAAUGGAUGAGGGAACUGAUGCAAGAGAUGUUCUUGAGAACAAGCUGCUGCCUCUUCGAAGAGGUUACAUUGGGGUUGUGAACCGAAGCCAAAAGGAUAUUGAUGGAAGGAAAGAUAUUCAAGCUGCCCUGGGAGCCGAGAGAAAGUUCUUCUUGUCUCAUCCCUCCUAUAGACAUCUUGCCGACCGCAUGGGAACACCCUAUCUCCAAAAAGCUCUUAAUCAGCAAUUAACCAAUCAUAUUCGGGAAACUCUUCCUGGCCUACGCAACAAACUGCAGAGCCAGCUGCUGUCCAUAGAGAAGGAAGUAGAAGAGUACAAAAAUUUCCGUCCAGAUGACCCAUCCCGUAAAACGAAGGCACUGCUCCUAAUGGUGCAGCAGUUUGCUGUUGACUUUGAGAAAAGAAUUGAGGGUUCCGGGGAUCAGAUUGAUACAUAUGAGCUGUCUGGAGGAGCCCGCAUUAACCGGAUUUUCCAUGAGCGCUUCCCUUUUGAACUGGUUAAGAUGGAGUUUGACGAGAAGGAACUAAGAAGAGAAAUUAGCUAUGCAAUCAAGAACAUCCAUGGCAUUAGAACUGGGCUCUUCACACCUGACAUGGCCUUCGAAACCAUCGUCAAGAAGCAAGUUAAGAAGAUUAAAGAGCCAUGUUUGAAAUGCGUGGACAUGGUCAUUUCCGAGCUAAUCGGUACUGUUAGACAGUGCACCAAGAAGCUUAGUCAGUAUCCUCAUCUGCGAGAGGAAAUGGAACGAAUAGUCACCACGCACAUCCGUGAACGAGAGGGGCGGACAAAGGACCAGGUUAUGCUUCUGAUCGAUAUAGAACUAUCCUACAUGAACACAAACCACGAGGAUUUCAUUGGCUUUGCUAAUGCUCAACAAAGAAGCAGCCAAACUAACAAAAAGAAGGCAUCUGGAAACCAGGAUGAGAUCCUGGUAAUUCGCAAGGGCUGGCUGACCAUCAACAACAUUGGCAUAAUGAAAGGUGGUUCCAAAGAGUACUGGUUUGUACUUACUGCAGAAAAUCUUUCCUGGUACAAAGACGAUGAGGAAAAGGAGAAAAAGUACAUGUUGCCAGUGGACAACUUAAAGCUAAGGGACAUUGAGAAAGGAUUCAUGUCCAGCAAGCACAUCUUCGCACUAUUCAACACUGAGCAAAGAAAUGUUUACAAGGAUUACCGUCAAUUGGAGCUGGCCUGUGAAACUCAAGAAGAGGUGGAUAGCUGGAAGGCUUCUUUCAUGCGGGCUGGGGUCUACCCAGAGAGAGCUGGGGACAAAGAUAAAGCGAGUGAGUCAGAGGAGAAUGGCUCAGACAGCUUCAUGCAUUCCAUGGACCCUCAGCUUGAGAGGCAGGUGGAGACCAUCCGCAAUCUGGUGGAUUCCUACAUGGCCAUUGUCAACAAGACGAUCAGAGACCUGAUGCCCAAAACCAUCAUGCAUCUCAUGAUAAUCAAUACCAAGGAUUUCAUUCAUUCCGACCUCCUGGCCAACCUGUACUCCUGCGGUGAUCAGAAUACACUGAUGGAGGAGUCAGCAGAACAGGCUCUGCAUCGGGAUGAGAUGUUAAAGAUGUACCGUGCCCUGAAAGAGGCUCUGAAUAUUAUUGGUGACAUCAGUACAACUACAAUCAGCACCCCAAUGCCACCUCCAGUGGAUGAUUCUUGGCUUCAGGUGCAGAAUAUGCAAACUGGGCGCAGGUCUCCAACAUCAAGCCCUACCCCUCAGAGAAGAGCUCCUGCUGUGCCACCCUCAAGGCCUGGCUCUAGAGGCCCUGCUCCUGGUCCUCCUCCUCCAGGCUCCACUCUUGGAAGCGCUCCCCCUGUACCCUCCAGACCUGGAGCAUCACCAGACCCAUUCGGGCCUCCUCCCCAAAUCCCAUCAAGGCCUAACCGUGCACCUCCUGGUGUCCCAAGAAUAACUAUCAGUGACCCUUGAGGAGCAAUCGUUACGGGUUAGUCCUUCAAGGCCAGAAUCUCCUAAGACUCAGUAUGACCCGUAACCCUCCUCUGGCUCAGACUGUUGCCUGCUUUCUACCUGUUCUGUCUUGGACUGUGUGACAUUCACCACACUAUUUGUUCUGUUGUAUAAUAGUUGUGCUACACACAUAUGAAAUGUGAUUAUUGGUAUGAAUCAAACAAGUCAUCCUCUCAAUUGCAUUAUGGAAACUUAUGUCUAUGGUAGUAUGAUAUCCUUAUAUAAAUAUCCUAUAAAUAAUUCUAUAUAUAUAUAUGAGAACUUAAAUAUACGUUUCAUGAUACGUGAGCCAUUGUACUUCCAUGUCGAUUUGAGUAUUCAGUAGAUCAUAAGUCUGUUAGCAGCUGGUACUGUAUUUCUGCAUGUAAAGAAGCCUCAGUUUUUGGAAAAAAUGUUCUAGGUUCUGGUGUUUAGCUGUUAUGUCAGAGCGUUGAAUAAAAUAUGUUUCUUUAAAAAA